GUUGUCUUCAACUUGCCAAAGUGCAGGGCAUGGCGGGAUACCAGCUGCUGCUUAGGUGGUUGCUCCUGGGAGCUGCCGCCUGUCCCUCGGGCGCUCUGAUUGGGCCGGGAGAGGAGAAGACGACGGCCAUAUUCCUCACCAGCAGUGGAGGAGGACCCGUCGUUGCCAGUUCCAGCAAAAAGCCCGCUACAAUAGCGGGGCGUAUCACUACUAGAGGCCCGCGUCUAGGUGGACGCCCUCGUCCGGCUGAUGCGAACAGCGGUUUCGCGAGCUGCAAGUCGCGUCGGGGUGCCGUGCCGGACAUGGAGCCGCUCGAGGUGCUCUCCAGCCUGAGCAGCCCCGUGCAGUGCCUGGCCGCGUGCCUGCUCAAGUCUCCGCGAUGCAAGGGGUUCGCCUUCGGCAACCGCAGUUGCGAUCUGCUGCAGCGCUCCCCGUGCGACUCGCGGAGGCCCAUGCGCGACGCGCCGGGAUUCGCGCACUACGACGUGCUCACACGAGACCAACUGCUGCUCACCAAGGGAGAGUCACAAAACUGUCCACCCGUCACUACCAGCAGCGAUGCCAGCACGACACAGCCAACCGUCCCACCCUUCGUUACUCCUGCCGAGGACAGGAGACGAAAAACGGCGUUCGUGUUCCGAGCCGGCCCUACGACGUUCGACGCGGCGCAGCGUGCUUGCUUGGCCGAAGGCCUGGCCAUGGCCAUGCCAGUCAGUUCCCAGGACCACAAAGACCUGGUGGAGCUGAUGCGACAAAACAGGGCGCCCAGGCUGUGGAUCGGCGUGCAGAGGAGCGCGAAAGGCAACACGACGUUCAUGAACGGUGAACAAGUCCCGGAGUCCAGCCGACGAUGGGGAAAAGGACAGCCAAACAACAGUGGCGGGACGCAGAUCUGCGUGGAGAUGAUCGAGUCGUUGGCUCACCUCUGGAACGAUUACGACUGCGAGAACAGAGCCGCCUACGCGUGCCAGCAGCCCAGCGGCGCGCCGCAGUCCUCCAAUGGACCGACAUGAGCGA